AUGGCUCCUAAAGCCCUCCACACCCUGACAGCUCUGCUAGCUAGUGCAAGCUUCUCGCAGUAUGCCUUUGGUGCCCCUACAGGGACGUCGACGGCGGCGGUACCAACUGCUCUUCUGGGUUAUAACCCAGCCAACGUGGUGAAGAACGAUGAUACAGACGACAUCAAAUAUACCCUUGUGCCUGGCCAAACAGAUGCUGCAGUGGUGGGUACGUAUCUUGACUUUACCAAUGUCGAGAAUCCCCAACCGAUCCGAGGAAGCAAAGGUGGAACUGAUCCAGGACCACAAACGGACGAAUAUUCUCAAUUGAACCCCGAUAAACUCGCACCGCCUGGGACAGACCAUGGAAGCGUGGAUAACGCUCAGUGGCCUUUAGGACUCAGCCACGCGAAGCUGGGGCUUAACAGGGGUGGGUGGUCAAGACAGCAGAACAUUGAUAAUAUUCCAGCAGCGACCGCCAUGGCUGGUGUGGAUAUGAGGUUAGAGGAAGGGGCUUAUCGAGAGCUCCAUUGGCACAAAGCUGCAGAAUGGUCGUAUGUUUUGAAUGGUAGCGUGAGAGUCCAGGCCGUGAAUGAAAAAGGGGAGACUUUCAUUGAUGACUUGAAUGCAGGCGACGUUUGGUUCUUUCCCCCUGGUGUUCCACAUUCCUUGCAAGCCCUGGCAGGAGGCGUUGAGUUUCUUCUCGUUUUUGAUGACGGCGAGUUUUCCGAGGAUAAUACAUUCCUAGCCACAGAAGUUUUCACCCGUAAUCCCAAAGAAAUCUUGUCCAAGAACUUCGACGUUCCUCUCUCUGCUUGGGAUAAUAUCCCAUCAGGAGAACUCUUCAUUUUCCCAGGAACCAAAGCACCCACAGAUAUAUCCAAGCAAACCAUUGUCGGCUCCGCGGGUAUUCUGCCGAGACAAGACUCAUACACCUAUCAUCUGUCCGAGCAGGGUGCAACAUUUGACCUCGAAGGAGGCAACAUCAAAAUCCUCGACCCAACGAUGUUUCCAAUUGCAUCCAUGUUUUCCGUGGCGAUUGUAACAGUCAAGCCAGGAGCGCUUCGCGAAGUUCACUGGCACACUGAAAGCGAUGAGUGGAAUUACUUUAUCGCAGGUUCAGCGCGGAUCGGCAUAUACGCCGCUGUUAACAAUGCGCAGACUUUCGACUUCCAUGCGGGAGAUACGGGAUACAUCCCCAAGCAAAUGACGCAUUACGUUGAGAAUGUUGGGAAGGAUGACUUGAUGUUUAUUGAGGUGCUUCAGGCGGAUCAUUUCUCUGACAUGUCGCUGGGGCAAUGGCUUGGGUCAACCCCGCCACAGAUUGUUCAGGACACAUUGAAUUUGACCAAUACAACGGUUUCAGCUUUCAAAAAGGAGAAGCAGUAUAUUGUCUCCGGGGAUGUUGUUGAAUAG